ACUUUCACCAGGCACUACUUCUCCGGCUGCGCACGUGGAAACACUAGAUUAAUGAUUCCUUUCUGUGCGGUUAUGUCGCGAGCUGCAGCGGCACGUUCCACUUCUUUUUCAGAGUUCUCGCGCGGGAGGAGGAACAUUUUGUAGAGCAGCAGACGUGCUGAGAAUGAGUCCCGCAUAACUUGGGGUAUUGUUGUUAUCUACCCCCCCUCCUCUCCUUCCUCUCUUUUUCCCCCUUGUCUCUCCAGUUUGAGUCAUUGCACAGAAGUAUGGUAGAUAAAGGCCCCUUGUUGACCUCUGCCAUCAUCUUUUACCUGUCCAUUGGGGCAGCUAUUUUUCAAGUUCUGGAGGAGCCCAAUUGGAAGCGGGCUGCCGAUCGGUAUAAUGAACAGAAGGAUGAACUUCUUAAGGACUAUCCGUGUCUGACGAAAGCUGAUUUGGACAGAAUAUUAGAGGCGGUGUCUGAUGCAGCAGGCCAAGGGGUCACGAUAACUGGCAGCAAGACCUUCAACAACUGGAACUGGCCUAAUGCUGUUAUCUUUGCCGCCACUGUUAUCACUACUAUCGGAUAUGGAAACAUUUCACCUAAAACAUCAGAAGGCCGUGUAUUCUGUAUCUUCUACGGACUCUUUGGUGUGCCUUUGUGUCUUACCUGGAUCAGUGAGCUGGGAAAGUUCUUUGGUGGUCGUGCCAAGCACCUGGGACAGUUUCUAACCAAAAAAGGAUUCUCACUGAGAAAGGCUCAGUUUACCUGCACAGCUAUUUUCCUGCUCUGAGUGCUGGUCCAUUUAGUUCUUCCACCUUUUGUGUUUAUGCCCCAGGAGGGUUGGUCAUAUGUUGACGGCUUGUACUUCUCAUUUGUUACCUUGACCACCAUUGGCUUCGGGGACUUGGUCGCAGGUGUCGAACCAAAUAAAGAGUACCCAACUUUGUACCGUUACUUUGUGGAAGUUUGGAUCUAUCUUGGGUUGGCCUGGCUUUCCUUGUUCUUCAACUGGAAAGUGCGAAUGGUGAUUGAGGCCCAUAAGGCGCUGAAGAAACGGCGCAAGCUUCGUAAGCUAUCUCUGGAAGAGCUCAGGCACUACAAAGAGUCUCAGAAGGCUGCGCUUCGUUUGCCACCCACUCCUAAUGACGUCA